UCUUACAGCUAUAGGGGGUGUUUACCGGCAGGAUCAACUCUCUGGAAGUCUAGCUCUUCGCAGAUCAGCUUUCCAGGCACAGGGAUUUACCAGGGACAAGAUUAGAGUGGUGAUAGAUAGCUCAACGCUGAGUAGAUGCGAUUCUGGGGCCGGGAAAAAAAAAGGUAGAAGAUAUGGUGCUCUGAAACGGAUCGGCUAUAAAGAAUCUCGAGCUCAUCCGGAAGAACGUGGCAUGUUUUGUCUGCCGAGUUUGAUUUUGCUGGUGGUAAGUAAGUCGUUGGUAAGCAAUGACUGGUAGCAGCUCUCAAAUCAUGUUGAUUUAAUCUUUCUCUUUCGCUCACCAGUUUUUCGUGUAGAUUCUAGAAAGAUUUGGCUAGUUCCCCACUUGUCUGGAGAAAGUCUCUACACUUGUGCUGUUUAAAGAAAGAGUUUUUCGCCUCGAGGAAGAACAGUUUUUUCGCCUUUUGCAGUGAUGGGCCUUUUUUCUCGGCUGCGACACAGGCAUCAUCACCACGAGGAAGAAGAAGAACACUCAGCAGGAAAAGACCAUGUUUCCAAUGAGCAAGAGCUCAUUGUCGAGCAGCAGGAGCAGCAGCAGCAGCAUCACGAGAGGAAGCCGGAGAAUGAAAUGCUGUUGCCACUGGAAGAGCCAAUUGAGCCCCCAGAAAACAUCCUCCCGAUCAAGUGUCCGCAUCCAGAGCCGUGCAUCGUUCAUGAUGGAAGGAUCUGGAAGGAGCGAAUCGCCGCAAAACGCUCGAGCAGCGUUGGAGCAAACACAGAUGGAAGAACGCAUCACUCUCGAGCUGGAAGCAUGCGUCUAGAACUUCUUCCGCGCAACCAUGUUGGUGUCCAGGCCGCGCACACUCCCGCAUCGCCCACGGUGAUAACUUCGUACAGCGCUCCAGAGAAAGCGUUAAUAACGAUGCUGGAUUAAUUACCAUAGUGGGAUUUUGGCUAGUGCUAAAUAAACACGGGUUAAUCCUAGGGCGGGUUUUACAGGGGUUUAGGGCUCUUGGGAGGAAAUGUAGAUCGUCCUGGGCGGGCGAUGGAAGCAGGGGCGAUCCUUCGAGCGCCUGGCGUGGAUUUGAGCCGCCAGGGAGUCGAUAGAUCCACGGCGGCACUGCCUAACAGAGGAUCUCUCGCGUUUCCCAGGGCGCGGAGCUGGCGACCGAGCGCUGUGUCGAGCGAGACUACUGGGAAUAUCGAUUCCAGAGCGCAGCCACGGCCGCAAUGCUUAGAACACAAUCGCGAUGGUAAUGACAAGAAAAUCACAAGGGGAGUUUAUGCCCAAGAACUGGAAGUGGCUGCUCGAGCUGUGCAGCUGGGUUGUAUGCUCGCGCAGCGUGUCCAGGAGAGAAUUCUCCGGAAAGAAGAGAAUGCCGGUUCCAAGGACGAUAAAUCGCUCGUCACAGUCGCAGACUGGGGAGUCCAAGCAGUCGUUAGCUGGGUGCUCUCCCAAGCUUUUGGAGAGGAGGUAUCGAUCAUAGCCGAGGAAGACACGAAAGGCCUGAAAGGAAUGAAUGGAAUCCAGACGCUCCAGCGGGUCGUAGCAGUGGUGAAUGAGUGCCUGUCCCAAGCCUCGGUGGUCGGUCUCACUCCUCCAUCGCGCAAGCUCGGGACGAUCGAGGUACUCCGAGCUAUCAACAAGGGAAACUCGGAAGUUCGCUCCAGCAGGAGCUGGGUCUUGGAUCCCGUGGAUGGAACUCUUGGAUUCGUGCGUGGCGAUCAGUAUGCUAUUGCUCUGGGGAUGAUCGAAGACGGCCGAGUGGUGCUGGGAGUUCUCGGCUGCCCGAAUUAUCCGAUGAGACCGCAGUGGUUGAACUAUCACCAGAAGUACUACCGACUUGCCAGUAAGAUCGCACCACCACCACCGGGAAAAUGGCACAAAGGCUGUGUUCUUACCUCUGCGAAAGGAGCUGGACAGGCAUGGAUGGAGCCCCUGGUUUGGAACUCGGAUGGCUCUUUCUUGCUGAAUCCUCCUCGAGUGGUAGCAGUCUCUCCGGUGGAUGAUCCAGCGCAAGCUACUUUCUGCGAGCCCGUCGAGAAGGCCAACUCAAGCCAUUCAUUCACGGAAGGAGUUGCUGACAGCCUUGGCCUGAGGAAACGUCCGUUACGGGUCUACAGUAUGGCGAAGUAUGCAGCAAUUGCUCGUGGCGACGCGGAGAUCUUCAUGAAAUUCGCAAGAGCGGGUUACAAGGAGAAGAUCUGGGAUCACGCUGCCGGAGUGUUGAUAGUGGAGGAAGCCGGGGGAGUGGUAACUGACGCUGGCGGUCGGCCUCUAGAUUUUUCAAAGGGACGGUAUUUAGAAGGGCUGGACAGGGGGAUCAUCGUGAGCUGCGGGACGGGCCUGCACAGGAGAAUUAUCUCAGCAGUGGACGCGAGCUGGAAUUCGUCCAAGCUGUGACAGACAGGACGGCGGUCUAUGGAAACACGCGUCUUUAGAUGAUGAAGAAAAUGGAAGAACACUUGGCCCAAUGAGGAGAAGACACGCUGCCUUCGGAGGUUCGUGACAGAUACAUAAGUUGUGUUUGUCCUCGAAGGAUCGUCACUGAUUUCUGGUUUCCAAUGGAGGAGCAGGAAAACCAUCAGCAGCAGCAGCAGCAGCAGCAGCCGCGAAGGGGAUCAAACGCUGUCAAAGCAGCCGUGGUCGAAGAAAUUGCUCAAAGCGUAGUCUCGCUCUUCACUGCCGUUCAAGAGCUGGAUUCCAAGAGCGAGGAGAGUGGUGGUAGUGGAGCCGCUAGCUCAAAAAGCCAGGAGGAGGAGAAUCGGGCUCCAGGCCGCGAGAGCGAGAGCUCGAGAUCAAACUGCCAGGAACAGAAUGGAGCUGCAAAGAGCGAUGUUCCUGGAGAUCAGCGUGGUGUAAGUUAAUUGUCAGGAGUUUCUGAUGUGAAUAGGAAAACUCUACUCACCUCCUCGAAA